AUGGGAUGCAUCAAUUCUAAACUUCCUUCAAAAUCUUAACCUACUCAAUCUGCAAGGAGCUAAAUUUAAAUCUAAAUUUAAAGUCAAGACGAAAGUCCAUAUGUGAUAAAAAAGAAUCCAAUUUUCUAGAGAAGAGCCUCAUAGAAAUCAAUUAUAAGCCCUUUGCAAACUACUUCUUAUGUAAAAAGAAAUAAGUGA